ACCUGUCCGACAGUCUGUGGGUCCUCGUGAGACUCAGAGCUUCACUUCUAACCAAAGGAGCACCGGACGUCGAAUUGGGCUCAGGGGGGUGAAGUCUGGCGGUAGCUGCGAAGCCAGCACUAGAGCCCCAAGGAGCUUCAGGCAACCUGUCCCUCAUGUUCCCGAGGCCGUGAGUAGUCUGGCUGCCCCCCCCCCCCCCCCCACCCAUCCUGCACGAGUCGUGCCCCGAUGAUGACGAACGGCCCCGAGGGUAACGGUGUGGACGUGCAGGAGAAGCGCCGGCCGGCAAAAAAGUUCGCUGCCUCCUACGGGGUCCUCCUGCGGCGAGUGUGGACAUUCCUGCGGCACGGGGAGCGCACUGGGCUGGACCGGCGGCCGUCCGCCGCCUGCCUGCUAGCCAGCGAGGCCUGAGCAGGAAGUCUCUGGGCGCUCUGUGGCGGUGCCCCCGUCUGUCUGACCUCUGUCUGGCAGGACAAGGACAAGCCCAUAAAAAAUAAACAAGGAACAGGAGGCAUGUUUUCACAUCGACACUGACUCAGACCCGAAGCAACAGGUGGAGGAAUUGUGCGGAGUUUUCCUCAUAUUCCGGUUAUCCCAGUGAUCGGAGGACAUUAAGGGCAAUGAUCUCCGUAUUCCUGCCAUGUCGACAUGACUUCCUGGAUCUGUUUCACUGAGUCAGACACCUCCUGCUGAGUCCUUUCACGUUUUUUUCAAGGAAAGACUCGGUCAUGCUGUGAAGGAUCUCGACAUCAGCCCCCCCCGGUGCCGAUGGGACCUCUGUGACCCCCCGUGACCUCCGGCGCCCGAUGGCGGUGACACAGCUUGAACUGGAGUUGCGUUAUGAGGGCCGGCGGCUACGUGCAUUCACCUGCCGGCUCACGCGCUGCGCCCAUGGCUUCCUGCCUGAGACGUCGGGUCAGAUCGCCUCCCAGGUGUUGCUGCCAUACCUGGUCGCCGGCCUGGGCAUGGUGGCGGCUGGCGUGGUCAUGGACACAGCGCAACACUGGGACGUGUUUAAGACCAUCUCUGAGGUGUUCAUCUUGGUGCCAGCACUGGUGGGGCUGAAGGGGAACCUGGAGAUGACGCUGGCGUCGAGACUGUCCACAGCAGCCAACGUAGGGCAGAUGGACGACCCCCAGGAGCAGAGGAAGAUGGUGUGCAGUAACCUUGCUCUUGUCCAGGUGCAGGCUACUGCUGUUGGCUUUCUGGCGGCCAUGACGGCUGCAGCGCUUGGAGCGGUCUCCCGCGGACAGGUGGCGCUGGACAAUGCCAUCUUGCUGUGUGCGAGUAGCGUGACCACCGCAUUCACAGCAGCGCUCUUGCUGGGCCUGGUGAUGGUGGGGGUGAUCAUCGGGUCCAGGAAGGUGGGCGUCAACCCAGACAAUGUGGCCACUCCCAUCGCCGCCAGCCUGGGUGACCUCAUCACGCUGUCUUUGCUGGCCGGCGUCAGCAGCGCUCUCUUCCGCUGCAGAGAGGCAUGGCUCCUGUCACCCUUGGUGUGUGGGCUCUUCCUGGUUCUGAUCCCGAUUUGGGUCAUCCUUGCCCGGCGCAGCCCCCAGACCCGUGAGGUUCUGAGGUCUGGGUGGCAGCCUGUCAUUUUGGCCAUGUCCAUUAGCAGGUACAGUAUUGGUUCACCACUGUGUGCCAUCAAACCAAAAGGCGUCAAACUCUGCUGCAAAAACCCUAAUAUUUACACCAUGCAAACCAAGCGAUUUCGGCAAACCCAAACGGAAAACUCAUGAUAUGGACUUUAGAUCACAUUCUACCUCUGUGACUUACUGCUUCAGCUGUGACCAAUGACCCCAUGAAU